UUUGUUGUGGUAAAACGAAUGAGACAAGAUCCUUUAUCAUUCCACUCGAAUAAACAGCUAGCACGACGAGUCUCUUAUCGCCGACGGACCGAUGUCCCCACGCAAGAUGGCCAACGACUGGGAUCUCGAUGCCCUCUUGAAAUGUUUCAAAUUGGACGAGUCGUCACGGCUAAGUUCAAAACCCGCUUUAAAGCUAAGUUAAAAGGCAGUGAAGAUGUCGAGAAGUCGAGCCUCGAACGAGAGACCAAACCAGCAAAGAUUGGCAGGCCACAAGUAAUAGGCGAGAUGACUUCUUCUAUGCGCGAUGAAGAGUUCUCAUUAAAUCAAAAUGAUAUGGCAACAACAUUUUCUGAUCAUAACACAAUACUACAAUGCCUUGGUAAUUUAUGCCCUCUCGAACCGGAAGACCUUCUGCUCAAUGAUCUUCUUCAAGAUAAAAAUGAUUCCCAAUGUCUUUGCCACAACUGUGAUGAAUGUGCGAAAGCUACCUCAAGAUGUAAAGAUUGUGACGAAUUACUUUGUGAUAGCUGUGUAAGAGCUCAUAUUAGAGUUAAACUGACAAAGGAUCAUUGCAUUGUACGUAUUACCGAUUCUCAGCAAAGUCCAACUUUCAAUAACGCUUCGUCGAUCGCCAGCAGCGGAAGUCCCAAUAGCACAAUUUUAAAUGAUAGUACGCAUUGUGAUAUACAUUUGACAGAAACUGUUAAACUUUACUGUGAUACCUGCUGCACGUCAAUAUGUGGUGAAUGUACUAUGAGAGAACAUAGAGGGCAUUCUUUUGUAUACCUCCAAGAUGCGAUCGAAGGUGCUAGAGCAGCAUCGGUCAGGCUGAUUACAGAUGCGAAAAUGGGAGCUCAAUCAGUAAAAGAAUGUUUAGAUAUUUCACAAAGAAUGAUCGAUUCUGUAAACUUGAAAAGUCAUGAAGUAGGAAGAGAAAUUAGAACAAUGAUAAGAAAGGCUAAAGUAGUUCUCGAAGAUAGGGAAAGGGAUUUAUUGAUGAAAGUUGACAAAAUUAGAGUUAUGAAGCAAAAGGCGAUCCAACAACAGAUUGACGGUCUCAGAGCUGUGCUAAGCUGUUAUUCGAACACUUCUGAAAUGCUGUCUGAUGUUUUGGAAGUCGGAAGUCCGAUUGAUAUUCUUCAUGCAAAAGAAAACUCAUUCACCGAGCUCAAAAAAAUUAGAAGCAUCCGUUCUGGUAUGCACCAUAUUGAUGAUGAAAUUACUUUUAUUCCACCAGACGCUUCAUUUCUACUGGCACUGAAUAAUAUGGGUGAUGUAACAUGCUCUGGAUGCCCUCCAUCGACUAUUGUAGAAGGCAUUUUAAGAAAUAUUGGCACUCGUAUAACACCCUUUUUUCCGAACAAAAAUGAUGUUGCACCGAUUGCUGAUGGACUGUCACCAUUUUUACCACCGACUGAGAGUAGCUCCAAUUCUAUUCCCUCUAUUAUGGAAGAUGAUAAGCUUAGUCUCUGGUCUUCAUCUCCGUUUAAACCCAAAAUUGAACUCGGUUUACCAUACCACAGAAUGUUGGCACGUAACAGAACAAUAAACAGCAUUUCACUCAUGAGGAGGACUCCACGAGAUUACACAGAUGCAGGACGCCCCCAUGUCGUUAUUGGGGGUGAAGGAGAACAAGACGGACAGUUGUGCAGACCUUGGGGCGUUUGCUGUGAUUUUGAGGGCAACAUAAUUGCAGCUGACAGGAGUAAUAAUAGAAUACAAAUUUUUAAAAGUGAUGGUACUUUUCUGAGAAAAUUUGGCUCCCACGGUUCGGAACCAGGUUACUUUGACCGUCCUGCUUCAGUGGCAGUAGAUCCUCUGGGAAGGAUUGUCGUAACAGAUAAAGAUAAUCACAGAGUUCAAGUAUUCACACCAGAAGGUCAAUUUGUUUUCACAUUUGGUGAAAAAGGCUCAAAGAUUGGUCAAUUCAAUUACCCAUGGGACAUCGAUGUAGAUUCAAGAGGAAGAAUAGUAGUUUCAGACACAAGAAAUCAUCGUAUACAAUUAUUUUCAAUUGAUGGAACUUUCCUAUGCAAAUAUGGAUUCGAAAAUACUACCAACAUGGUGAAACAUUUUGACUCCCCAAGAGGUGUUUGUUUUGGAGCAAAAGGCUGUGUCAUCGUGACCGACUUCAAUAAUCAUCGACUUGUCGUUAUUGAUCCAAAUUUCCGCAAUGCACGCUUUUUGGGUACAGAGGGCUCUGCGGCAAAGCAAUUCUUACGUCCGCAAGGUGUAGCUGUCGAUCACGAGGGCAAGAUAAUAGUUGCAGAUUCAAGAAACAACAGAAUACAGAUUUUUGAACAAAACGGAAGUUUCCUAUGGCAGUUUGGAACUGCUGGUAAAGAGCCUGGACAAUUGGAUCGUCCGAGUGGAGUUUGCUUGACACCAGAUGGAAAGGUCGUAGUUGUCGAUUUUGGAAAUAACAGAAUUCAAGUUUUUUAAGAUGACAAUCCUAUAUAAGAUUAAUUUUAACCAUAUUUUGUGACAAUCCAAAGUGAUACAAAAUAUUUUCAAUUGUAGUGAAAUUUUAUACCAUUUUUAUCUGGGAGCUUACCCAUGUCCAUGAUUGAAUAAUAUAACCCAUUCAAUGUGGUUAUGACAGUACACAUUUUUAUUUUAAAAGAAUAUUUGUGGGAAUUCAGAUGUUUAACAGCUGUAUUGAUUAUUUUCCCAUAUUUUAUAUUAUGACGAUACCUCAGGUUUUGCUAAGUACAAAGUUUUGUGAAUUUUAGUAAUACGGAUUUUCAUUGCUUACAAUUACUUUGAAAGAAGAUCUGAUACUUCUUCAAGAAAAAAAAGCCAUAUUUGAUUGUUGCUUUUUUUGUUUAAUUACCUUAAAAACUUAAAAAGUGUAAGUUAUGCAUUUAAGUCAAGAGACUGGAGAAAAAGACUGAAUUUUAGUAUAAAGUCAUGUUAUAAUGCUUAAGAAAUUAAUAUACUUGAAAUUUAAAAAAUACCAAGUAUAUUAAAAGUGAUUUCAUUAUGAAAUUUUAAAAAAAUAUUGUAAUCAAGAUCUUAAUUUAGUACGUAACAAAUUCAAAGACUUAAUUCUAAUUGUAUUGUUAAUGAACUUUUUUUAUAAUCAAUUAUAAAGUUACUUUAUUUAGUUAAUAAGGGUGAUCAAAAUACACAUGAAUAAGACUGUACACUUUAGGAUAUUCCUAAAGAUUUAUAUGAUAUAAACGUCUUUCUUUUUUUAUGA